AUGUUUCCCCCGGCGUUUCUUUUCUCUUCUUGGGUAGAUUAUGGCUAUUUGUGCGCUAGGGGGUGUGUACUAGCUUAUUGUUGUAGGCGCGCGCGCGCGCCGGCGUGUCCCGUCGGAUGUCUUGCAGGGAUGUGGUGCGGCGCGGCGCGGUGGUGUUGCAAUACGGAUAAGUGGCCCCGACGCGGGUUUAUGAUCGGCCUCCUUUCUCCCUGUCGACGCGAAAGUCGGCCGACCGACGCAGCGUGUCACGGCGGCGGAUUUGAUUUCGGAGUGAGGCCGGAAGGCGAAAAACAAUUACGACGGCCGUAG